UGCGAUUAGAGUCCGUCACAAGCAAAAUGAGGAUGUGAGAGAACGUGAAAAAAAGAAAGAAGGGAGAAGAAAAAACGUGCAGAGAGAGAGAAAACAGACAAAAGAUGCAAGGUCCAAGAGCAUCAGGGUUAUUGUGCUCAGAAAAGCAUGGAAAUGCCAUUUCUGGCUGAAGGAAUAGGUCUCACUGCUCCUUUAAGCAUGCCUUGACUGUUUUUGGUUAUUUGAGCAUCACUACCCAUCACCUCUUGUUUAAGCAGCUCCGCCCCUUUUGGGAUAUUCUGACGACAGGGAUUGUGUGUCGCAAAGUUUAUGUAAUAAUCUGAGGACAGGAACCAAGAGUGAGUGAUAAAGAGGGAGGGACAGAGAUGACAAGAAAGAGUUGGAGCAGUGAGAAUUAGAGAAAUACAAAUGAUGGGAGCGAAGCCAUCUAAAAGAAACAGCGUGAAGAAGGGGGUCCCUCCCCUGGAAGGCAGUGGUCUUCCAUUGGCAUCCGCUGUGUUAGGAGACGGUGGUGAUGCGGCAGCUGAGGACGAGGAUGAUGAAGAGUUGGGGCAGCAGUUUGAGGAGCCGAUAUGUGCUCUGGUUCAGAACUGUACCAUGCUACACAACAUCGUGGGCCCGGCCUGCAUCUUUCUCCGACAAAGCUUCGCUCAGGCUCAACUCGACAGAGAUCUACGACCAGAGGAAAUUGAAGAGUUAAAAGAAGCCUUCCAAGAAUUUGACAAAGACAAAGACGGCUUCAUUAGCUGUAAGGAUCUGGGCGAGUGCAUGAGGACGAUGGGCUACAUGCCAACAGAAAUGGAGCUGAUUGAACUGAGUCAGCAGAUCUGUGGUGGUAGAGUGGACUUCGAGGACUUUGUAGACCUUAUGGGUCCAAAGAUGCUGGCUGAGACAGCAGACAUGAUCGGAGUGAAAGAACUGAGAGAUGCUUUUAGAGAGUUUGACUCAGAUGGUGAUGGUGAGAUCAGUCUGGCUGAACUGAGGGAAGCCAUGAAGAAGCUGAUGGGAGAGCAGCUCAACCACAGAGAGAUUGAUGAGAUCCUCAGGGAUGUUGACCUCAAUGGAGAUGGGCAGGUUGACUUUGAAGAGUUUGUCCGAAUGAUGUCUCGCUAACUUAGAAGACUCAUGAAAAAGGAAAAGAACCAGCUUGCCAACUCCUAAUGUGAAGAAUGAAAAGCUAUGCAUCUGCUUUAAUUAACUACCUUAUGUAAUUAUUCAAAGCAUACUUUUUUUUUUCUUUCUUCCAUACACACACCUUUAUUGCACACAUUUGUUUUUAUGACAAAGCGGAAACGUUUGUUUCUUAUAAUUUAUUUCAACAUUUUGGUCUGAAAUAAAAUUUUUAAAAUAAUAAUAAUUAAGGAGUUAAUUAAGUAAUUAACAUGUUCAGAAUUGUAAGGAAGCAUAGCUGUAGCACAUAUUAUUUAUAAAACAUGCUAUAAAUCCUAAAUGGACAUGAAUUAAUAACUUCUGAAAACUGUAUAUGAGAUUGUGAAAUGGUCAUUGUG